UUUGCCCUCCUCUGCUGUCCGACGAGUCACGCCAUUGGUGCGUGAGUGAUGGGGGAAGUGCUGCUUCUCCAAAGUUAGCCACCUUCGCUCUGUACGAGCCGAAGUCAAGAAAGAGUGAGAAAGAGUGGGGUUUAAGGACUUAUGAGUGGCAUCCGGGGGAAAAAAAGUCGAGUUUAUUUCGGCCGUCCCGCUGAGUCAUGGAGUUUGGUGAGGAAUCGUCACCAGCUCGGGCUUUCGAGAAGGACGCUUUCGAGCUCACUGUGGAAGAUGUGUAUGAUAUCUCGUACGUAAUCGGAAGAGAUCUGUUAAAAAUCAGCAGCACUGGCGAAGAAGUGUCAGACCUACAGUUUAGGAUAGUCCGUGUGUUGGAAAUGUUUGAGACUUUGGUCAACAAGUACAACUUGUCUCUGGAGGAGCUGAAAAUGGAGCGGGACAACCUCAAGAGCGAACUGGAUAGGAUCAUCAAGGAGGGCUCCUCCAGGCCUGGCGCGCAGACUUCGGGACCGAACCAGCUGGUGGUGGACCUGACAGACCCCAACAGACCCCGAUUCACUAUGCAGGAGCUGAAGGAGGUGCUGCAAGAGAGGAACCAGCUGAAGGCUCAGCUCAUGGUGGCCCAGGAGGAGCUUCAGCUGUACAAGAGUGGGAUCCUGCCACAAGCUGAACCAGCCAUGGUGGAGGUGUCUCCAUCUCCACCAUGGCAGGUGGAGACACCUGCAGCUACAGAGCACAGACCAGCCAUGAUAAACGACACGAAAGAAGAGAAGACGACCAUAGGCAAACUGUUUUCAUUCAGGCGAAAAUGAGAAGAAAAGCUUUCACGGAGAACUGACCAUGUAGGAGACAAACAGGAUUUGUCGGCAAAAUUAAACUCCUUUUGUACUUU